GGUUCUGAAGGCAACGAUCUGAAAACCAAGUUCUUGGCGGUGUUGAGAAGUCUGUUGCUGCUCUCUUUCAUGGUGUUCUCCAUGGAGAGUGCAGAUGGUAGACUAAUAUAUACCGAGUAUGGAUGGACAAAUUUUGGAGUCCGAUACUUUACAAGUUCUUUCUCUCAGUCGACCAGCUGGAUCACAGCAGAGAGAAACUGUAUUGAGGAGCAUGCAAAUCUUGCAUCUGUGCACAAUGAACUGGAAAACAACUUUCUGAUUGGUCUGUUGCCUUCUACUACUACACGAUGUUGGCUUGGUGUUCAAGAUGCUGUAGAAGAAGGACAGUGGUUGUGGAGUGAUGGAACUCCAUAUGACUACAGCAACUGGUGCUCUAAUGAACCUAACAAUCUAAAUGUUGAGAACUGUGGAGAGAUCAACUGACCUGUAAGA